UAGAUUAUUGGUUUAAAAAAUCCUAAAUUUCUCAUCAAAUAACCAAUCUUACAUUGACGGCGACGGUGGCUCCGUUGUUCAAAUUUCAGAGCGGGUUUCUGGGUUGUGAAGCUCAGAAAUCUCUACAAAAUGGCGGUUUGCUCAAUUAAGAUCCUCCUCUAUCUCUUUCCCGCCUUCGUCUUACCUCUUUUUGCCGUAUGCGAGAUCCUCUCGCCUGGUCAAUCAGGCAACGAUGCGUUGAUCCACGAAUUACUGGGAAUCAAGCUCAGGAUCUCUCACUUAGAAUCCGUUCUGGAGGAAAGCAAGCAAAAUUUAACUGAGAAGAGUAAUGAACUGAAGGCGCAGGAAAAGCUAAUUGAGGAUGUGUCACAUAAGAUUCAGUACUUGGAGUCUGCUAUAUCUGAUAUGAAGAGGAAAAUUUCAAGUGACGAUGAAAGGAUUGCUGUUCUGGAGGAUGAGGUACGACGUCUCUGGGAUGCAAAAAGAAAGAAUAACUUUGAUAUUCAUCUUUUGAAAGCCAAGGUACAGGAAGCUGAGGAAAAACUAGAAGAGGUUACCUCACAAGUUGAGAAGAAGUCUAGCAUCAUAUCCGAACAGUGGAUUCAAAUUCGGCACCUAGAGCAGGCUCUUGAAAUGUCCAAAAUACAAGCCCUGAAGGUCCGCCAGCAAUUUGCUCUAACCAGAUGCACCUUUGUGAAGUUGGUGAACACGCGUUUUGCCAAUCAACUUCAGAAGGCCUUUCAGACAUUGAACCAUCAUGUUUUCAGCAAAGUUCCUACCUUGAGUUCCAGGGUUACAGGAGCCAUCCAUUACUUCCAAAGAGUCUAUGAAGAAGCCAAAAAGUAUCACCACGAGUUGCAAAGACUGAUUAAACAAGAAAUGGAAAGAAAUGAAUAUGCUGCACAUCUUGCCAACCCGGAAUUGAUUUUCUUUUUGGCGUCUGCUCUUGCUAUCUUCCCAAUUUUUGGUGCUUGGAUGUUCCUCUCUUCGUGGUUUUCCAGAUGCAGAAGUAGAAGAAGAAUUCACAAGCAAGCCAAGCUGAUGAUAAAGGCAUGAUAACUGCUAUAUCAGUUAGGAAGUUCAGUAGAACCGACGACCAUGAAAUGACCUAGUGAUUGUUAGGACAAAGGGGAAAAAGCGAAGGACUUAAAAGAAUAGGUUCAUACCAAGCCAUCAACUUUCAAGAAAGGUACUCAUCCAUCACUGUUUUUAUUUACUUUUGGAAUAGUAAAACAUAAAAGUAGCUAACUAAAUGCACAUUUUCCACCUUUUUGGCAACAUAGUCAAGUCAAUUUCAAAGACCAGUCCUUCCUCAAGUGUUGGACAGAGAAGCGCAUGGUUGAAAACAUUACUUCGAAAAAUCCAUUCUCAUCCAUUCAACAGCAUUAACAAUCAGUGUGUUGAUGUGGAGAAGAUGAACAAAUAGAAGUUUGUUAAAUAUCAGUGAUGAAGAUAUUUCAAUAGAAGAGGACAGACAAACAUCCAAAUGUCUAGAUUUCUACAAAAGAAAA